UAUUAAUAAUGCAUUGGUUGCAUGUUUUAAGAUAUCAACGGAACAAAAAAGGAAAGAGAACAAAUAAAAACGGAAAAUGAAAGUGACGUUCCUUAAAAAAUUAGGUCGCGUUGUGUGUUGCACAAAAAUAUCGCAUAGAAUUAAUAAUCUAUCACGAUAGCUACAAAAGUAUAACAAGCAGAAAGAAGAAGAAGAACCAGUGAAACAGGUGCAAAAGUGUUAAUGAUAAAUCCAAACCAAGCCAGCUGCACCAACAGGAGUAGAAAAGUAUUAAAACCCCCAACCGCAAGCGAGUUUAGAAUAUUAGGAUUAGCUCAAUUUUGCAUAUAGUUUUACCCGCCCUCUCUACUACACGCCCAACCCAACUUGUUUUCCACUCCAUAUCAAUGCAGCCCGCCGCUAGAAAGCAACAGUAAGUGCACGUAGCGCAGAGAACAACACUCAAACCAAAGGACAGUUCUCGAUUAGGGCUACGAAGAGGCAGGCGCCCCGUUGCCAAGUACUGCCAGCUAAACAAAAAGAAAAGCAGAAAAAAAUGCUUUCAGGCCGCAAUGUUGGUAACAAAUGAUGCACUGAGGCCAUAGCGCUGAGCCAAAACAAUUGCUUUGCUUAUGUGUGUGCAAUACUAGCGACGAUAAAAGCACACUAGCCCAACCCGCAACCCGCAAACUGCAAGCAGUAAGCUGCCAAUACACAGCACAGGGAGGAAAACAGGUGCAUGUUUUAAAAGUGACCAACGUUUUUUUUUUUUUUGGGGCGAUGAAAAAGCGUUGACCACCACUUAUCGCGCAACAAAUAACAAGAAAGUGUUGAUUUCAGUGCAAAGCAAGUAAAUCGAGUACAGGUGGAAACAAGUAAAUUGAUAUAGUACAGGGCAGAUAAAAGAGUGAACAGUAACACGUUUAAACCUAUGGGUGAUAAAAGUUUUGUUGAUCAUCUAUUUAUUUCAGCAGCCGCUUUGACCGCUUACAUAUGUAUGUAUAUGUAUACAUAUGUAUGACCAUAUAUGCAUACAUACAUAAAUACAUAAGUACAUACGUUCAAGUUAUUGAAGCAAAGGUCUGCCCAAUAACCCACGACUCGUUCUAAAUUAAAAACUACAUAGAGAAAAAAUGUGUGUUUAAAAUAUAAUUUAUAAACAACACAACAAGAAAAACUAGUUGAAAAGGAAUUCGCCAGAAAACAAAGUCCAGCACAACAACAACAAAAACAUAAGCAACAAAGUAAAAACUUCAAAACGGCAGGCAAAUAAACAGCACACAUCCCUUCUAAUAAUCCGCAUACACACCACCCACCACUAGCUAACAUAGCAAGCAGCCGCCAGCCGCCGCCUGCUGCUAAUCGCCAACCGCCAACUAAAUUGUCGCCAUCACUGUCACCUCGCCGGCGAGUAGUGCAACCACAGCAAAUACACAACGAGAAGGGCGGCCAUUUACGGUAACUAGGCAAGAAAGUCGACAAAGCUCGACAGCCUAUCAACUUUACCAAGCAACCAAACAACCAAGCAACCGACCGGCCGACCGAGCCGCCGAGGGCACAACACAAUCAUUCAGCUCCAAACUCGGUGACGUACUCUUAUGAAAAUGAAUGCCAGUCUCAUUUACGAAAUCCUCAUGUAUUUAAAUUCAUUCUACUUUGGUAUGUACGCCACAUUUGAGAUUGGUGUCGGUGUCCUCAAGGCAAUCGGAUUGAAUUAUACUUCGAAUGAGCUAACGCACGAGGGGUGCAUAUUACUCGCAUUGUGCAUCGUCGAGACAAUACGAAUUGUAUUAGGUCGGAAGAGCAGUCUAAGCGAUCGUGGUUGGCAAGCAACAGCAUCCGUAAUAUUAACACUGCCCAGCCUUGCUCUCGUCAUCUACUUAUGUUGUUUUCAAACCUACGUUCUCAAACUCGAAAUUAUUCUGAGUGCCUUAAUGAUAGCCCUCCAAGGUGCUGAACUAGUGUAUGCCGGUGUCUUCAUUUGCACCAUGUUCGGUGAUGUUUCGUAUACCUAGCAGUCGAUAAUAAUUUAUGUACAACUGAUACACUUCAAUUCGAAUGAAUUUCACGUCUUUAUUUUCCCAAUGAAUCAGCGAAAAUGUUGAUGCCAAAGGUGCCAAUGAUCGUAAAAAUCACGCAAGCAAAUACCCUGGUACGGAAGUCAACAACCCGACGAAAACGUAAGCGAAGAAGACGACGUACUCAUAUACCAACAAAACCGAUGAUAAUGAUAGCGAUAAGGAAAGCGGAACUCGAAGCAACCGAAAAAUGUGGAAAACUCAGUUGGAUUCUAGCGAGAUGAGACACUGAUAAGUACGAGUAAUAUAGACAUACUACUACAUACAUACAUAAUAAAUGCCUACUAUUUAAGAGAACAAAAAGCCAGCAUUUUAAUGUAAAGGAUAUCAUUUAUAUGUACAAAUGCACCUAGUCGAAUGGGGAAAAGAUAAAGAAAAGAGCUAAAGUGUCAAGCGGAUCGCAAAAAGAGGGAAGAGAAAUAGGGAAACGGAAGGUGAGAAACCGACGAUAGCUCUGUACAUAAAUAUGUACAU